AAUUUGUACUCAGACAUAUCUGCACGUAUCUACCUUAUUCUUGUCGAUUUUCACUGUUCAAUAGGCAUGAACUCGCACCGUCAACUCGUCCAGUACAGUGACCUAGAACAAUCCCAAACCAAUGGCGCCAGCAGCUCAGCAGCAGCUUCUCAUUCACGUCAAUCGCCUCCAUCCAAAAAACGCAAGAGGUCAAACCAAAAAGCCAAACGCCCCAGAAAAACUGCUCACUGGGAUGAACCAGGAGACAAUCAAAUGAACUACGGCGACGCCAGUGCCCAUGAUGAGAGAGGAGAGUCGGGAACUCACACACGAAGAAAUAUGGAACGACUCUGCGCUCAUCGACGCUUGGAACUCUGCCACAGCAGAAUAUGAGGUGUUCCACGGGAAAACGCAAGACUGGAAGUCAACCACUGUCAAGAAAUCCUCCCUAUGGUAUAACAUCCCCUGUAAUAGUUCGAAGGUGAAGGCCAAGGGCGAGACAUUCAUGAAUGGUCAAGGAUCCAUCGACUUCAGCACACUAAUGAAGAGUCUGCCCGCACCCACUAUAAGUCCCGUGACACACGCGAACAGGACCAGGGAACGCGCAAUCACCACCCAGUAGUAUAUCCUCACAAACU